AUUCCAACUAGACAUGGCAAAGCAGACGACAGGAUAAUUUUUUUUUUCACCUUUCUCUAUUGUAUAUGUUAAUAAAUAUUUGAAAGUGAUCGAAAAUAUAUAAAUAAGAAUAUAUAUUUUCAUUCGAAGUUAAUAUUAUUAUACAAAGCGAAUAUAUUAAACCUUAGCUAAUUAGCUCUCGUCCUGCUGCCACGCCUAUCAAGAAACCUGUAGGCUAUAAAAUCCUAAAUUGAUUAUUUUAAUUGCAGUUUCAGCAAGUGAAUGCAAUUUUACUAUACAAAUAUGCGCAACACAUUCCAGGAGAUGACCUAUUACUGAGCGUAACUACCAGACUAAUGUAAGCAAAGCAGCAAAGUUCAUUUAUUUUAUUUGAAAAAUGAAUAAUUUGGAUCAUAUGAAAAAUUUUUAUCCUGAAAACUAUAAGUUAGAUCUUUCGGAAACAAUGAAAGCGGCGCUGGCGAAAGGUCCUCAAGUACCAGAGAUGCAACCAGGAAAUACUGGCAUUCCUGGUGUUGGCUAUGUUACAGAAAAGCUUUAUAUGCUAUUACAAUUGUAUUUGCAAAAUAAAGGUUGGAAUCCAAGCGCAGAGUUAUUGCAAUGCUUCACUGAUCUGAAGGAUAAUGCAAUGUUACCCAGUGCAGCAUACUUGCAAGUUUUAGCGAAUCGUUUAACUCUUGAUUCACAGGGUCGCUUGAUACUACGUGAGAAUGGUAAAAUAGUAUUGCCAUUUGAACACUUCGCCAAUGCAGUCAUGCUAAAGCAUAUGUCUGGUCCUCACGGUUUACAUUUAAGCGUAGACGCUACAGUGCGUGCAGUUAUUGAGUCCUACACCAUUGGCCGAGAGAAUUUUGGAAUGGAAAAAGAGUUUAUUAUAGAAGUUGUACAAUCUUGCCCAAGCCCAGCUUGCCGUUAUUAUAAAAACCAUUUAGGUCUCUCUCCAUUGCCAUUUAUGGAACAACAAUUUCCGGGCGUAAAUCCAGCAGAUUUUCUUCAACAUUUACCGCAUCUGCCACCACCACAUGCAGCAGCUGCAGCUGGUGUUGGUGCUGGUUCAAGCGGCAGUAGUUCCGUUGGUAGCUCAAGUGGCGGAGAAGUUGAUCUGACAAAACCCACUCCUUCCCACGCACAACAGAAAGUACCACCACAGUUGCAACACUUAACGAAACAGCAGCAGAAUAGCAUACAAUCUCAGCUGUCGCAGUUAAGCGCUGCAGCAGCUGCACAUCAUCAACAGCAACAACAAUUACAACAGCAAGCUGCUGCUAAGCAACAACAUCAACAACAGCAGCAACAGCAACAACUCACAGCUGCACUUAUACAGCAACAAAACCGUGCACUGGCUCAACAGAGUUUGGAAAAGUUUAAUAGUCUCAGUGCACUAGAAAAGCAACGUGUGUUACAACAAUUGGACCCUAAGCAUUUUGACCCAAUGGCAGUAGCAGCUGCAGCAGCUAAUUUGCAAAUGCAAGGCUUAAUGCAACCACAAGGCGUUGUUAAUGCAGCAACAGUUUCCAGUACUGCAGUAGCUCCACCACCACCACCACCACCGGUUGUGCCAAGUGGAGUAACUAGCAAUAUGGCAAAUCAUCAUGUAGCUCAUCAUCAAUUACCACCACCAUCGCAGUCUCCAACAGCACACACUGUACACAGUACAUCAUCGUCUUCCUCACAUGUUGUUGAACCAGCAGCACAGAAAAAUAUUGAAACUUUACGCUCUAAUUUAGAAUCUCUUGAAUCGAACAAAGAUCUGUUGGCACUGCACAAUGGUGCUUGGGGAGCACAAGAUGCAAAUCGAGAUGUUAUGCCACAAGGACAAGAUAAAAUUGUACGAGUUUUUGCAGAACUAAUGCGAAAUAUGGCACGCAUGAAAACCUAUAUACGUCCUUCAAUGUGCAAACCAUAUGGCAAACAAAGCGAAAGCUUACAAAAAACACUUAUGGACACCAUACAAAUCGUGCAAACAUUGCGUAAUUGUUUGCCUGCUCCGCACAUUCCAGUGUCAUCAUGGAAGAGUGAAAGUGAAGGUGGCAGCGUUGUAUUGCAAGCACUUUGUUUUCAAUAAUACUCAAGAUAUGUUUAUUCAAUAUUGAAUCAAUUCAAGAAAUCAUACACUUUUUGAAUCAGAAACGCAAAAAAUAACAUCCGCAAUGUUUUUGUAUGUUAUCAUUUAUUUGCCUUCAUAAAGGACUAAAUUAAACGGAGGCUUUUUAUGAGACAGACUAAUAAUACACUGUGAGGAAUUGGGGUGUACAAUGAAACAUCAGUGACACUUUCGCUGAAAUACUUUUGAAUUUAAAAGCAUUUAAUUAUUUAAUUUAUAUUAAAACUUAAUUAAACGAAAAAUCAAUAUAAAUGCAUUUAUCAAUAUUAUUUAAUCCUUAUGAUCAGAAGAAUGGAUUGGUGUUUAUUAUUUUUUUUUUUAAUUAUACCUUUCAUGUUUUUGAAAUUAUUUUACACAAUACAAUAUGAGUCUAUUUCACACAUAAUAAUCAUUAAUAAUUACACAAAAAAAGAAUACUCAUUUUUGAAAAAAAAAAUACUAUAUAUAUAUAUAUAAUCAAGUCAAUUUAAGGUUAUUACAAGCGUUCCAUUUAUUGGUUUUCAUCGAAAUAAUUUUAGUUUAAGUUGCAUCAACGAAUCUCAAAACGUUCCUUAUUAAUGUAAUUGGAACCAUUGUAAUAACCUUAAAGAACAAAAAAAAAAUACUCGCAAAAGUUCUAUCGAUAUAUAUAAAAAAUAAUAAAAAAUAAUUCAAAGCUUCUUUAGAUGUGGUUUUAAAAACCCAAUUAUGUGUGCAAUUUCAACUAAAAAGUUGAGUUAAUUUACAAUUUUAAAAAUUACUUAUUAAAAACAGAAAAACAGAAAAACAA